AUGCAAAUGUCUGCACAUGGUGGUAGUCGUAAUUCACAUAAGCAUGAUCUAUCCAGUAAUUACUAUUAUGAACAUCCUCUAAAACAUUACAAUAAUCGUUAUAAUUAUUCUCAUGAACAUUAUCAGCAACAACGUCCAACAAAUAAAAAACAUUCCAAACGUAGUGAUGCAUCAAUUAUACAAAAUCAACAACAAAGACAACCAAUAGUCAAUGGAAGUGGUAGUAAUAAGAAUAAUAAUUUUCGUCAUCAUUCAAUAAAUGAUAGUGAUCAAAAAGAAGGUGAAGAAGGAGAAACAGCAUCUGAACCAAGUACAAAUAUGCGUAAUGGUCACUAUGAUAAUACUAGAAUAAAGAAUCAACAAACAAAUGAAACAAAAUCAUUUAAUCGUGAUUGA